GACCUCUAUUUUUAAACAAGCAUAUCUCUCAGUUCUAUUAAUGAACUCGCUUCAUUCCGACUGCAUUCAUGUGUGCUCAUCUUUGCGCAGUGAACCGCCGUGUGCGAGGCUUCAGCCUUGCGGGCCCGCCUCUACCUCGUGCUGUGCACCCACAGAAGAGCGGAACUAUGAAUUGGAUAUCAUAGCCGUCUGGAACCAUGUUAGGCACAUUCGUCAGGGCACUCACCGCCCUUCCGGUACUGUAUGCUGGACAUUACGAUUCCUGUAUCAAUGGUCUUCCGUAUGUUUCAAUACCUGCUUCAUACUGUUUCAAGGCUAUCUGUCACCUUAUUCCAGGCGCCUUGCAUCGUGAACUAGUCGUGGCGUGCGAUCUGGAUCUUCUUCUCUUCGAAACGAUCCUCUUGCUACGUACAUACAUGAGGAGUUCUACGAAUGCCUGCGUCGAUCUUGACAGCACGGACACGUUACGAUGUUAUACAUCAAUUGCGAGUAACACGAGUUUCAACCUGCUUUGGUCGGGUUUUAUCCGAGACAGCUGUCAAGCUAUGGCUAGUUUGGGCGGAGGCGAACAAUUCCUGCUGCCUGGAGCUGUCCCCUAGUCCGUCUAAACAGUUUUAUGUUCCUUCGCGUCUCGGUUGAAUGGUCUUCGAGUCACUCAAGACGUUGUUUGUCAGGCACUUCCUCUGUUGCUGUUUUGUAUCAAACAAUGAGUUCUUCGCGGGUGGCACCCUGCAGGUCCGAAUAUUCAACCGAUUGCCGCCACCGCACCACGAUGCUAUCAGUUCCAGUGCGGUGCAUGGGCCAGGUCAAGGUCAUUUCAUUCACGCGUGGCGAAGAUUGGCCACUUCUGACCAAAGGCUUUCUUUGUAACCUCGUGCUAGGUAUAAAGGCACGGGAAAAUGAAGGUGCUGUGGUUCUCUACUUUUUUCCUUGAGACUACGACUGUACCAUCUCUUCCUACCCUCCCAUCAGUAUAAAAUGUUAUCUCCUUCUGACAUCCUUGCUUCUCCUGCUUCGCCGCAGAAGGAUGCAUUGCUUUCACACGUCAUCCCCGGCGAGUAUUUGGUCCAACGCGGGAGUGUCAAGCUGCCCACACCAUGGAACUCUCCUUCAUUUUGCAGUUCCCUCAUGAAAGGCCUCGUCCCUGAAGACGCCAUCUCGGAGGGUCAACUCUCGACGCCGGUGACACCCUCCAGUAGUCCAACAGAUUACAAAGUCAAUGGGUCCCAGUCACCCACACAGGCCGGAUCGCCAUCCACAGCUAAUGGUGGUAAUGAUUUAUUGAAUGCUUUGGAUGUUGCUCUCGAAGAUUCUUUUCGUCAAAACAUAACUGCAUCUAAUAUAGAAGAAGUCCCAACCUCAUAUUGUUCUUCUUUGACGGGUGCUCUUGACCCGGACCAUGCUGAUGUUUCAGCACACAGAAACUACUCUAUAGCAGGACUCGUUCCUCUGUCUCAACUUCUGCGAGACGCAUGUCAGGAUUCCCCGGACUCGUCGCUGGCAGGAGCGCUCGGUCCUCUAAACUUAAGCCAUCUGAGUGACCAUCAUGAUUCAUACAGGUUCGUCACGGACAGUUAUGAUAACACUGACUGUACAAUGUCGCAGGAGGUUGCCGACUGCUCGGAUCUUUCUGAAGGCGACCUCGAUUUCGCUGUUGUCGACGGGGCCGUAGGGGCUUGGGAUACAUCAUCGACUAGGGAGCAACACCCUAGGCAGCUCAAUCAGGAUCUGACCAGUGACAGCAAGAGUCCGAGCAUCGAAGUGGACGAACGCGAAGACAGACAAAGUGGAACGCAGCCUACUUCAUCUGAAGUUGACAUACAACAGUACAUUACCUUUCAUGCCGCCCCACAACCCCCAAGACCCUACAAAUGUUUGUUUCGAGGCUGUCACAAGACCUCUAAAUCUCAUAAGGAUCGUGCGCAACACAUGGAAAUCCACUUUCCUAAUUACCAAUGUCCGGGGUGCAAAGAGAUGUAUCAUGGCAGAGCAAGGCUCAGAUAUCACUUGGUUAAAUCUGAACCGUGCAAUGUGGGCGUUGUACUUGAUUGCAAACUAGCUCAGUACAGAAUCUCGAAGACUGCUGGGUGGUUGCUACCUGAACACAAACACUCGCUUGUCAAACCGGAUAAUGAAGAUUCUCGGCUUGUGCAAUAUAUUUGGCCAGAGGUGAACGAGGAAUGAAGGUGCCAAAGUGUAGUUUACUAUUGAUGUCGAGUUGUCCUGCUCGAGUCUCGAUCGCGUGACCCGACCGCCGAUGAAUAGACCCUAUAUUCCACGGCCUGGUUACGAGAUGCAAUGAUAUCUUUAUGCUCUUUC